AUGUCUGGCCUAGGUUUGGAUGGCUCAGACAAUGAUGGUGCUGUAGCACCACUGACGUGCUCCGCCGGUCUUGAGGCCGCCGAAUCAGCCUCAUGUGAUGACGUAGUGAUAGCUUGGAAGGAAGUCGGCCACGAUGGCCUCUUGGUGCUAUGUCUGCAAAAUAUUAGACAAAGCGAGAAGAGGGGCUUUAUUAAUUAUAUCUACAGCUCUAAAAAUCAAUCUACCCAAAUAUCUACCACAAGAACAAACAGAAAAGGAGAAAUAGGAUCUCCUGCUGAGGAGCAGCAGUGGCAAGGAGAAGCAGAAGAAGAAGAAGAAGAAGAAGAAGAAGAAGAAGAAACGAGGAGCAGUAGCGGCAGUGGUCGGAGUAGCGAACAGCGACGAGCGAAAGCUGGCUGCGACGGCAACGGUGAGCCAACGGUGACGGGUGACGGCGAUGAGCGACGUAACAACGAAUGGCGACGGAGAUAG